AUGUCGUUAAUAGAGACUACCUUGGGUACUUUCAAGCCGGAGCCAGAACUUUUUUAUCACAUCGAUGGGAUGCCUUAUUUCACCCCUUAUCAUCAUCCAUUACGUACUCUCCCCCACAUUCCGGGGCUGAAAGACGACAGCCAAUUUCAGUCCAUCACCAUCAUAAGUCUCCCACCUACUCCUGGAGUUCCGGUAAAUCGAAAGAUAUUGGACAAAGUGAUACGAACUUACCUCCAUGAAGAUGAUGUGCUGUCUCCUGGUUUGAUGCGAAAUAUAGUCCAUCGAUCACAGAAUCACGGAACCGGUCUUGUACUUGAGGACAAGCUAGGUUGGCCAUUCCCGGAGAUCACCGGAUCAUACCUCUAUCGAACCGAGAAUGGUGAUUUGAAGACCGGUCUAUACCCUGUCUAUCGUCUAUAUCCAGAUACUUCCAAGGCAUUCUUAUUGGGAUGCUAUGCUGUGCAUGAUGGAUUAGGAGGAUAUUCGAUGCUGAACAAGGUGGAUGGAGAUGGGAAUCUGAUGAUAGUCGGUGUCAAAGAUAUCUUCGAUGUCGAAGGUCUUCCUACUAAAGCAGGAAGUAGAGUAUUCGCCCAUCUGAACGGCCGAUUCCAAAAGCAAGAGACAGCUCCAAGCUUGAAGAUCCAUGAGGAGGCUGGUGCUGUCAUUGUCGGAAAGGUCAAAACGUCCCAUAAGUCAGCCCUGUCCAUCUCAUUGAGAGCGGCCAAGAUGAAUGUAAAGAAAGUCAAUAUCUCAGAGAUUGUUGCUACAAAAGUUGAGAUUCUAGGAGAAGAUGAGAUACCAAAAGCCAUCGGAGCAUCGCAAUGGAAGGAUUUCGGGAAAGGUAUAUAUGAGAGGUAUCAAUCCCGACAUGAAGGUAGAUUACCUCCCCUAGGUCAUCGGGUAAGAGAAUCGUCCAAGGUUGCCCAACAGGAAGAAUGGGACGAAGAGAAGUUCCGCCGGAUGAAAGAAAAAUUUGGAAAAGCGGGUAAAUGGUUCUUGGACCUGUUGGAGUGGAAUGAUGUGGAUGAAGCAAGUUGUUUUCCCCUUGGAUCAUACGUUCCAGCAAGUAUAGGAGGAUUUCCUCAUCUUGUCAUCCCCGUAGGACAAGUCCCAUUCCACAGUCUAUCAUCUCAGCGGAUGGAAAUGCAAACUAUCUGCGCUAGUUUGGUAGGACCCCCGGGAACCGACUUGAGUAUAAUUGGUGUGUUGUUACGGUUGAAAGAGGAAGGAGUGAUCAAAGAUGUCCAAACUGGUGGCGAGGCUUUCAAGCACCAGGGAGCUGCGCUGCUGGAUGAGAAUCCAGCUACGUGA